AUGGAGCCACAAAACUAUGGGACGGAACGGCCUAAAUCUACUUAUGCUUUCUACUUUGUCAAGAUCCGCUCAUCUGAGGAUCCUCAGUUGAGAGAAAAACUCAUGGAUCCUCAAAGUAAGUUCGAGAAAGAGAUCCAAGCUCGUAGCAAAAUUAUUGAGGCUGUAAUAAGAGCCAAGAAGAUCAAGAUGUUGAGUGCCCGCAUAGUUCAUGAGAGUAUAUCUUUACGUGAGGAGAAAUGUCUGGCCAAUGAAAUUAAGUACCUUGAAAAAAACAGAUCAAAGGUCAUUUAUAACUCUACUAUUCGAGCUAAGCUCCAAGAUACAGUGGACGGAAAUGAGGCCGCACAGGACCAAGUUAGAAUCAUUGAUGGAAUAAGGAAGGAGCAUCAAGCAGUCAAAUCUAAGAUUAAGGGCCUAGAGGAUGAGUUAAGAGUUGUUGACACAGAGAUUGUAUCAAUUCAAGAAGAUUUAGAUGCAGCAACUGCUAGAAAGGACAAGGCAUAUGAGUCAUUGAUGGAACUGAGAAAAGUGCGUGAUGCAGAACUUGACAAGUUCAUGGCUCAAUGGUGUAACAGCAAAGCUUUCAGAGAGGAGUAUGAGAAGAGGACCAUCUCCUCUCUCAAUGUCCGGCAGCUGGACAGAGAUGGCCGAAUGAGGAUUCCUGAUUAUUGA